GCGGCAAUUGGCAGUGCGCUGUGUCCCUCGGACACAGCGGAUCAUCGAUCCUCGGAAAGAGCCGAAGAUGUCGGCUCAGUCAUGUGAUCAGCUGUCUCCAAUCACAGCUGAUCACAUCAGUGACACCUGUCAGUGUCCAUCCGUACCAGCUCUCAGUGCUCAUCCAUGCCACCUGCCAGUGCCACAUCAGUGCCACAUUUCAGUGCCCAUCAGUGCCACAUCAAUGCCACAUAUCAGUGCCCAUCUGAGCUGCCUUUCAGUGGCACCCAUCAGUGCCAGUCAGUGCCACCUAUCAAUGCCAGUCAGUACCACCUAUCAGUGCUGCCAAUCAGUGCCAGCUAUCAGUGCCAGUCAGUGCCACCUAUCAGUGUGCAUCAAUGCCGCCUAUCAGUGUCCAUCAGUGCUGCCUAACAGUGCCAGUCAAUGACACCUAACAGUGCCAGUCAGUG